AUGAGUGUUGGGUCUCUCAGUGUUCUUUCCGACGGCUUUUCCAGCGCGUUAGCACAACCAUUGAAGAAAUCAUUACCAACACAAUCGUUCUAUGCGCCAGGAUAUACCGGAAGCCCUCGAAAGUUCCUCAACACUUUGAUCUAUCACUCUUCAGAGCUGUCUUCAUGUUCAAUACAAGCAAAGCGAGAUGGCACCGCCUGCUCGUACAUGGCUUUUCUUCUGCUGAUGGUCAUGAUUGGAGGACUUGUCCCUGUUAUCACUACCAUCUAUUGUUGCGGGUUCUGUAUUGGAAGGUUCGGAGGCGAAAGAAUGAAAUGCUGCGGAUCUGCAUGCAAACAACCGAAUUGCGGAGGAACGAAACCUUCUACCGAGUAUGGAAAGAAGGAGACAAGAUGCUGUGUCUUUGCUGUAUUCUUCUUGUUUCUCGUGAUUUUAACCACGGCUCUUCUGGGAUUCCUAAGCACUUACCAGAUGAGCGCAGACGUUCAAUCCGUUAUUGAUGCCAUUGACAGCAGUCUGUCACUUCCAACCUCGCUUUCGGGUCAGAUCAAUGCUUCUGUUGUCAACAUCAGUUUCAGCCUUGGAGGCAGAGUUGAAGCCGUAAACCAGCAGCUGGUUUUCUCCAAGCCUCUUUUGUCUUCCAAACAAAGCUUAAAGUCGUCGCUGACGCAACUCAAGAACAACUUCUCUUCCAUUCGAUCUUACGUGGAGCACUCGGGACAAUGUUCACUCACGUUCAAUUCAAGUUCAGUCACGUAUGACAAGACGAGAAUGACUUUCGUGUCAUCAGACUCAAAGAUAGUGAUGCCGUUAAGCAAUAUCACCUGUUGCACGUACCAAAGUCAGCACGAUUGCCUCUUGCUCACAAGCACACAAGAUUGCACAUAUGGCAACUAUACCACAAAGUGUCCAUGUUGUUGCACAUGUCUCGUGCAAGACUAUAAGAUCGAAGCUGCAAUCUCUCGAUUGCCCACCGACACUUUCAUAGAAGCAUUGGAUAGCGGGAGCACUAUAGACAGCAGGCAGCUCAACGGCUCAAUCAUGAAUUUCACAACUUUUGUCUCGGGUGCGCUGGAUCAAUAUUCUCAAUAUUUCGACUUGAUAGACUCGUCUCUCAGACCCGUCAAGGGUACUCUAGGGAAUCAAGCUGGAGUGAUUGCUGGUUCAGUCUCAAUCUGGGCUUUCACAACGAUAGCGGCAGCGCUGGCAGUCUGUGGCUUCUUGUUGUCAAGGUCAAGCUUGUGGUGGACAGCAUACACGUGUGGAUGGAUCAGCAACUUUGUCUUCUUCGUCCUGUUUGGAGUCAGCUCUCUCAUCGUCAUGCCCUUCGGUGACAUCUGCCAGGGGUUGCCGUUGACCACUCAAGAUCCCGUCCCUUGGCUGGUGACCUUCACGCAAGACUUGAACCCAACAGAGAUCAACCCCGUCCUCCUGCGGCUGAACCAAGAUUGUCUCGUGCGAUCAAACCCUAACGGCCAGCUGUGGGAGGUGGUGGGAUACGGCAGGGAGAAGAUGUAUGCUGCCUUCUCGGGCUACAACUUCACCGGCAGGCUCAAGGACGACUUGAGUCAGCUCAGGUCCAGCUCGAGCCGCGACUACUCCCUGCAUACAGGUGACACCGAGUCCCGCAUCGCCGAGCAUGGGAUGCCGGAGGGCUACAUGUCGGGGCUCAGCAGCAGCUCAGCUUAUGGGACCUACGCUGAGACACUCUCUCAACAGUGGAACGAGACGCUAGCGUCGAUGAAGAGCUUUCAACGAUCUCAGGAGGCCUGGGAGCAGCAGGUGCAGGAAGCGCAGACGAAGCUCAAGGGUGCGAGCAGCUCCUUGCAGCUGCUGAUCGGUUUCGUCGUAGACUCCUUGUCUGCAAGUGGCAAUUGCACGAUGAUGAACAAGGCGUACAUGGAUGUACGAGAGCCGAUUUGCGACAGGCUGUCCAAGUCGCUCGACUCCAUGUGGGUGCUCUUCUUCAUCAUCGCGCUCGAGUGGUACCCGAUGUUCAUCAUCAUCUGCCGGGGUGUGAAGCACUCGCAACAGCGACGAGGCGUGAGCAAAGUCGAUCCGAGCACGCAGUUCAUUCCAUCGGACAUCACAGGGGUAAAGGAAGAAACUAGCAAAGGAGACGAAGACGGGACCAAAGAGUCUCUGCAGGUAGUGACUGAAGAAGCCCCUCGCAAGAAGAAGAAGAAGAAAUCGAAAGAAGAUGGCGACGAGGCGAUGGCACGCAAGAGAGCCGCCAAGUGA